AUGUUAAUACUAUUUUGUCAAUAUUGGGCACGCAAUCCACGCAACAAAUGUGCGCUACAACCUGGCCAUAGUUUGAUGGACUGGAUCCGUCUCGGCAACUCAGGCAAGGAUCUAACAGGAGUUGGAGGCAGAAUACGACCGGUUUCACUCUCAGAAUUGGCGACGCACAAUACACUUAACGACGCCUGGCUAGCGAUUCGCGGCCGAGUAUACAACAUAACACAUUACUUACCCUACCAUCCUGGAGGCCCCGAGGAACUUAUGCGGGGCGCCGGCAUAGACGCGACCCAAAUAUUUGACAAAGUACAUCCUUGGGUCAAUUAUGAUUCUCUUCUUGCGAAAUGUCUCGUAGGGCCUCUCCGCUUCGAACUACCAGAUUCAGAAGAACUUUUCGACACCUCGACCCCCUCGCUGAAAUCAGACCGACUCAGAGAACCGUCUAAAGCACAAGAAUUAGUUAGAAAAUCUAUGGAAAAUUUAGCAAAUUGUAUCACUCCAGUUAGGAAGAAAAUAACUUCUAAAAAUGAUGAAACUGCAAAAGGAAGUCCGCCUAGUAAAAUUAUGCAAAGCCUGAUUCAGUCUGCUGAUUUGCCUGUGUCGAUAAGUCGGAGAGCAGCCUCAAGUCCUGUAAAAAAAGCUGACAAGCGACUAGAUUCGCCUGUUCCCCUUCGCCAUGACUGGAUACAAACAUCGACCAAACUCACAAUAUCUGUGUACACGGGAUACUUGGCUAAUCCGGGUGGUAGCGCGCGUAUCACAGAGGGAUUUCUUUUAAUUGAGGUGGCUACUAACGGAUGGCUACGAACGCUCAAAUUGAAAACUGAGUCGAAAUUAAAAGAGCCCUUACAGCUACGUGUAUUCGCAGAGAGCGGGAAAAUAGAGGUGACGGCACUAAAAGCAGUCGCCGAAGUGUGGAAAGGAUGCGGCGAGGUCACAUUAGGGACCACCAGCCGGGUGUCAUCUCCUCGAUCGGUAGACUGUCGAGUGAUGAGAGUCAGCAAGGUAUCCCACAACACGUUGCUUCUGUCGGUGUGUCCGAGAGCAGGCCCUGUAGUCGUACCACUUGGACAUCAUGUACGGGUACACAAAAGAAUUGAUGGUACAGAGUGCGUACGUUCCUACACACCGGUUGGUGAAGGUUGGAGUCCUACUGAUGCAAGUGAUGUCUACUCAGCACUAAGACUGGCGGUGAAGGAAUACGAGAGUGGAGCACUCUCUCCGCAUCUCGCAACACUCAAGAUGGGUGAUCUGAUCACUUUAUCUGGUCCUUAUGGAAACUUCGAACUACAAGUGUUCAAAUCUGUGAAGACCUUGUAUCUAAUUGCAGCGGGCACUGGCAUCACCCCAAUGCUCGGCUUGAUAAAGUUUAUGCUGUCAAGAUCUAAUCCUAGAUGUGAACUGACACACUUAAUAUUCUUCAAUAAAACAGAAGAGGACAUCUUGUUCCGUGAUAACUUCGAAGAAAUAAUAAAGGAGGACGACCGGUUUAAAGUCACACACGUCCUAUCGGAGGCUAGCCCAUCUUGGACAGGUUACAAAGGUCGUAUAAGUUCUGAGUUUAUCUCUGAAAUACUCGGAGACAUUAAAUGCGGAGACGAAUGCACACACUACGCCUGUCUCUGUGGGCCUACAGAGUUUACAUACGCCAGUCUCGAUCUACUGAAGAAGCAUGGAGUGAGUGAGGGCUGUAUACACGCUUUUAUGGGAUAA